AUGAGCUCAGCCUGGGUUCCCAGUGCUGAGAAGGGGAUGCUUGUCUCCUUGUGCUACGAGGCGAACGGCUCCUCCUACAGGACCUUACACCCCUUCAGGGCCCAGCUGGCCAUUUAUCUGGCUUGUGCCUUGGGCACACUGAUCACGGUGCUGGGGAAGCUGCUUGUCAUCAUUGUCGUUUCCCAUUUCAAAGCCCUGCACAAGCCCACCAACCCCCUGCUCCUCUCCCUCGCCCUUGCCGACCUCCUCCUGAGGCUUAGAGUAUUUACCUGCUGGUAUUUUGGAGAUGACUUCUAUAGGCCGCACACCUUUCUGGACACACUCUUCUGCUUGACCUCCGUAUUUCACCUGUGUUUCAUUUCCAUUGAUCGGCACUGUGCCAUCUGUGACCCUUUGCUCUACCCCACCAAGUUCACCAUAAGAGUGGCCUGCAUUUACAUUGGGGUGGGGUGGGCAGUGUCUGUGGCUUAUACCUCUGUCUUCCUCUACACUAAAGCAACUGCAGAAGGACUGGGCUAUUUUUUACGAGACUUGCCUUGUGUUGGUAGCUGUCAGCUGCUGUUCAACAAGAUCUGGGGGUGGUUGAACUUCCCAGUAUUCUUCUUCCCUUGCCUCGUAAUGGUAGCUCUGUAUGUAAAAAUAUUUACUGUGGCUAACAAGCAAGCCAGGCCGAUAAACAACAUGAGUAUGAGUAUCAGGUCUCAGCUACACGUAGGAGCAUCCAAAGCAGCAAGGACUCUUGGGGUAACUGUAGGAGUCUACCUCCUGUGCUAGUUGCCCAUUACUAUUGACACCAUGGUAGACAGUCUUCUGGAUUUCAUUACCGCCCCAGUUCUGUUUGACCUAAUUUGGUUUGCUUACUUCAGUUCUGCCUGCAAUCCCUCGAUCUAUGUGUUUUCCUACCAUUGGUUCAGGAAAGCUGUGAAACUAGUCUUAACUCGUGGGAUCUUUUGUUCCAGGACACCUACAGUAGACUUGUACCAGGAAUGA